UGCUCUGUCUGCAAGAAAUCUUUUACACAGAAUAGAACUUUACAAACACACCUGAAAACUCAUACAAGAGAGAAACUUUUCAGCUGCUCCGAGUGUGGGAAAAGAUUUGCACAGAAAACACAUCUGAAGACCCACAUGACUAUUCAUACAGGAGAGAAACCAUUCAGCUGCUCAAUUUGUGAUCAAAGGUUUGUGCAAAAGACUCAUCUGAAGAGACACAUGACAGUUCAUACAGGAGAGAAACAGUUUAAUUGCUCAGUUUGUGACAAAUCUUUUAGUGAAAAUGGAAACCUGAAGCAACACAUGAAAACGCACACGGGAGAAAAACCAUUCAUUUGCCCAGUGUGCAGUAAAGCCUACCGUAAAAAUGGAUCACUGAAACAACACAUGAAAACUCAUACAGGAGAGAAACCAUUUAGCUGCUCAGUUUGUGAUCAAAGAUUUUUGUGCAAGGCAUAUCUAAAGAGACACAUGACAAUUCAUUCAGGAGAGAAACCCUUUAUUUGCUCAGUGUGUGGUAAAGCCUACAGUAAAAACGGAAAACUGACGCAACACAUGAAAAAUCAUACAGGAGAGAAACCUUUCAGCUGCUCGUUCUGUGAUAGAACAUUUUUGUGCAAGGCUUAUCUGAUAAGACACACAACAGUUCAUACAGGAGAAAAACCAUUCAGUUGCACAGUGUGUAGUAAAGCUUUUAAUGGACAUGCUAAUCUGAAGAGUCAUAUGAGAAUUCACACAGGAGAGAAACCAUUCAGCUGCUCAUUUUGUGAUCAAAGAUUUUUGCAAAAGUCACAUUUGAAGAGACAUGUGAGAGUUCAUACAGGAGAAAAACAAUUUAAUUGCUUAGUUUGUAGUAAAGCUUUUAGUGAAAAUGGAAAACUUAAGCAACACAUGAGAACUCAUACAGGAGAAAAGCCGUUCACUUGCUCAGUAUGUGGUAAAGGUUUCAGUGAAAGUGGAAAACUGAAGCUACACAUGAAAACUCACACUGGAGAGGAACUUUUCAGCUGCUCAGUGUGUGAUAAAAGAUUUUUAUGCAAGGCAUAUCUGAACAGACACAUGACAAUUCAUUCAGGAGAGAAACCGUUCAGUUGCUCAGUGUGUGGUAAAGCUUUUAAUGUACGUGGAAAUCUGAAGAGUCACAUGAGAAUUCAUACAGGAGAGAAACCAUACAGCUGCUCAGUGUGUAAGAAAUCUUUUACACAGAGCGGAAGUUUACAGAUGCACAAGAUAAUCCACACAGAGGAUAACCGCUUCAGGUGCAGGAUUUGUGACGAAAGAUUCACUUUCUAUAAACUUUUCAGAGACCAUCAGUGUGUCGGUCGUCAGUCUUCACAGCUUCAUCAGACUGAGGAGAACAGAGAGGCAGAGCCUCCAGAUAGCAGCUCAGCUAAACAGGUGAAAACAGAAGCUGAUGAAGAGGACUGUGGAGGACCAGAACCAGCCAGGAACUCACAUCCAGAUACACAUUUACAAUAAAGUACUAAUAAUACUCAUGUUCGGAGUGGGAUCAACUUUUAAAGAAAGCAACCUUGAUAAGAGGUGUGGUCUCGAAUAGCUAUAACUUAAUGUUUAUACUUGUCUGUCCAACAGACCCUGGAGCCUGACCGUAGUAUGUCCUUGCCUGCUCCUCUGUGGAACAUGAUUUGGAGGUCUGCUUUGAGUUGUUCUAAAUGUAUGAGAUUUAGACUUACACAGUGUUAGAUUUUAGGUGGAGCAUAUAUGACCCC